AAGAAAUACAACAUCAAUUAUUCACAGGAUAACGUCGCGAAGAGGGCGAACUUUACAUCUAUACUAGGUACUUAGGUAUCUAAAGGGGGGUUCCUGUAAAUUAUUAAAAUUCCAAUCCACCAAAGCCCAUCAAUCAUACAAUCAAAUUGACCACGCGAAUGAUGUAACAUCCCCGCAGGACAGGCUUUCCGCACUUUGGUAAUAGUUGACUCUGUCGCAACAUUAGAAGCGAUAUCCGUCGGAGGGGGCCGUCGAAUACCUCCCUGAAAGAUUCAAGAUAACGGAUUCGCUUACUCUCUCAUCCCCUCGCAUAGUUACAAAAUAAUUAAACUUCAAAUGAGAAUGGAAAAUGGCGAAUAUUGCUCUUGAAAGUUUAAGAUCAAUUGUCAAUAGUACAAUUGAGAAGGAGUCGUCGGAUUUGUGGACGCACAUCAACCAACAAUUGCAUCAACACCCAGAGACGGCAUAUGAAGAAGUAUUCGCACACGAUACCAUAACCAAAUUUCUUGAAGAUCGGGGUUUUACGGUGAAGCGCAGCACAUAUGGGUUACCGACUAGUUUCGAGGCCGAAAUUGGCUCCUCUGGACGUCUUGUGGUCGUAUGUGCCGAGUAUGACGCUCUACCCCAGAUCGGCCACGCAUGUGGACACAAUUUGAUCGCGACAUCGUCUAUCGCCGCUUUCCUCGCUGCUGCGAGCGCUUUGAAACAGAGCGGUGCGGCUGGGAGAAUUCGAAUUCUCGGUACGCCGGCGGAGGAAGGUGGAGGUGGUAAGGCAAAGCUGAUUGAUGCUGGCGCAUUUAAAGACGAUGUUGCGGCCGCUAUUAUGGCCCAUCCUAUGUGCGCGCAUCAAUUCUCCGAUGACGUAGGGAAAUAUUCUGGCUUGGCGGCCCUAAAGAUGAUCGCAAGUCACAAGUUUCGCACCGAAUUUCGCGGGAAAACAGCGCACGCUGCCGGCCAGCCGUGGGAUGGUGUCAAUGCGCUGGAUGCUGCCGUCGCGGCGUAUAACAACGUUGGACUACUUCGUCAACAGAUUAAACCCGACGAGCGGAUCCAUGCUGUGAUUGAGGUUGGAGGGACAGUUCCUAAUGUUAUUACCGAUUAUACGCGUAUGAAUUGGAAUGUUCGGAGUCCAACUCUCGCUGGGGCUGACAAGCUUCUUGCUCGUGUUAAGGCAUGUAUAGAGGCUGCAGCGACGGCGACCGGCUGCGAACUUAAUUAUAUAGUUGCGCCUACUUACGCAAAUCUGACGGCCAACAAGGCUCUCUGCGAGACAUACGUAGAUGAGAUGAAGGCCGUCGGGGAGAACGUCCUGCUACAGCAACAGGAACAAGUUACGGCAUCUACAGAUAUGGGUAACGUUUCCCACAUCGCGCCUAGUUUCCACGGGGUCUUUGCGAUCCCAACAGACUCGGAUGUAUCGCUUCAUAACCCCAAAUUUGCUGCCGCGGCUAGCACGAAAGAAGCCCACGAUAUUGCGUUAAAUUGUGCGAAGGGAAUGGCAAUGUUAGCCGUUCGCGUUCUAUUAGAUGAAGAACUAACAUCUAAGGCCAAGUACGAUUUCGAACAUAAUCAUGACUGGUAAUCCUUCAAUUCGACACUGCCGCUAUUGUUACCAGACAAAGCAUGGCUAGUUCAUGUAGAAUGUUAUUAUUGGAUAUCGCCAAU